AUGAUAAGAAAAUCAAGUUAAUUACUUCCUUAAAAUAAUGAUCUAAUUUAAGAAUAACAACAAUAUUAAUCAAAUGAUAAAUAAUUAGAAUGUGAAACUAUAUUCAUACCAGCUAAUUAAAAGCUUAAUACUGAUAUAGAUACAUCAUAAUAUCAGCCAUCCUCAUAAGAAAUAAGCAAAUCUACACAUAAUUUCAUUUAAAAUAAUAGCUUUUAAUAACCAUAAUUAAAUAAUAUGUCUACAAUUAGUAAUCCUAUUAAUAAUUCAUAACAUUAUUCAUCUUAAAAUUAGAAUAUCAAUUCUAUAAUAAAUCAUUCAAGAUUAACAAUAAGUUAAUUAACAUAAAGAGAUAGAUCUAUAUCUAAUGAAAAAUAGAGUGAAGAAUUAUUAGCUAAAGUUGAUGAACUUAAAGAUGAAAUUAAAGGAUUAUAAUAAAAAUUAAAAAAAGUAAUUAUUAUUUUUAUUUUUAUAGCCUGUUCAAACUAAUUUAUAAUUAAAAUUACCACAUAGAACAGCUAUGUUAAUGUAAAUAUCAUCAAAAAAGUAAUUAUUAUAUAAUAUUCUUUAGUUAAAUUUAAGUAUAAAAACAAGAAGAUCCAAAAUCAUCCCAAAGAAACUGA